GAGAGUGAGAAGGAGAGGAGAUGCCUACCAGAAUCCCUUCCCAUAGGCUUGAUGUCACGGCCCCACGUUGGUUCCUAAGCAGACGAUUGGCCUCAUGCCCCUCCUCCUCAUCUCUCGGGGCGGGGCCAAGAGGCUGGUUAGCUCGAGGAGUGUGAAACCGCGUGUUAAUGUAACCAGUGCGGGCGGAUACAUUGUGUCCCGUUUAUUGAGAUCCCGCCGCCGCGGUGUGUUGUAUGUCCCGCGGAGUUUUCUUAGUACGCCCCGAUCUGGUCUUCAUGGAAGAAAAACCCUUGUGAUUAUUUGGGGAGGACGAGAAGGAGAGGAGAUCGUCUUCUCCGCACGCCUGCCUGGAUGUUUCCUCGAGGGAUCCCAGAAAGAACUUUGGCCCGGGAUUGAGCAAGGCAAAGUGAGAGAAAGAAAGACGGUGAACGAGAGAAAAGAGGCCGGAAGAAGACUAGCUGGGAUGCUGCUGUUCCUGCUGCAUGUUUUCCUUGUGGGGCUGUAGUGCGGAGAUUGCUUUGUGGUGUCCGAUGUCCUGCGGGCCUACGGAAACAGUAUUGGGGUUUCUGCAAGGAGGAACCUUCCCUUUAUUUUUGCCCCGUCUGCGGCGGCUGGGUUCGGGGAGGGGGAAGAGAGGCUGAAGUGUCGGUGGUGGGGGUGGUUUUUCCUUUUGCAACUCUCCGGGCGAGAAGGAGGAGGAGGAGGAGUGGAUUUUCCUCUGUCUUAAGUCGGUCUGCUUUGUGUACACGAUCCAACACCCCCUUCCUCUCCCCCCCCAUUUCCUUCCCCGUGUCCCGUGCGUGACCUGGCCUUGAAUCUUUCUCCCGGCGCCGGGAACAGCGUGGCCUUUUGUAGUGGGACUCCUUUCCUGUGGCGAUCGAGCCUCUUCGUCGGACUGGGCACUGCCUUAGCUGGAUUUCCUCCUUGAAUCGAGUUUAAAAAGGAGAGAUAAAUUGGAGGAGCCGCUUCUGUUUGGAGCCGUGUUCGUCUUACAAGUGCAUCUUGCAAGUUUUAAGCCGGUCGAGGAAGAGGAGAUUAUCUGCUGAGGGGGUGGGUGGGUGCGAAUAAGUCAAAGGUGUAGUACCGGCGGCGGCAGCUACAGCAACGACCACGACAAGGAAAGACCCAUCGCAGCCCGGACAUCUCCUCCUACGGCCCCCUUGCCCGGCCAGGUCUUCCCCGGUGACUUUUUCUUUCCUCCCUCUCAAUAGCUCGCAACAAAGGACUUGGCUGGGCUCGGGCUGGAGAGAGGCCGCGGCGGGAGGAUGAUCCUGCAGUUGAGCCGGGAGGCUGAGUAGGGGGCUCCCGGAUUCUGCUUAACUCCCGCCGGCUGCCUUUUGCUUGUGUGCGUGUGUUUCCCCCCCCCCUCGGGAUUUAAAGUUCGGGGAUCGAGGCGAAAAUUGAACUGCAAAGGAGCAAAGCCGCGGCAGCAGUAGCAGCCAGAAUCAUGUUUCCUCAGAGCCGGCAUCCCACACCACACCAGGCAGCAGGGCAGCCCUUUAAAUUCACUAUCCCAGAGUCUCUAGACCGAAUCAAAGAAGAGUUCCAGUUUCUCCAAGCUCAGUAUCACAGCCUUAAAUUGGAAUGUGAGAAGCUGGCAAGUGAAAAGACAGAAAUGCAAAGGCACUAUGUGAUGUACUAUGAAAUGUCAUAUGGAUUAAAUAUUGAAAUGCACAAACAGACAGAAAUUGCCAAGAGAUUGAAUACAAUCUGUGCACAAGUCAUUCCAUUUUUGUCUCAAGAACAUCAGCAACAAGUUGCUCAAGCAGUAGAACGUGCCAAACAAGUGACCAUGGCUGAGCUGAAUGCCAUCAUCGGGGUACGUGGCCUGCCAGGUCUACCUCCUACACAACAGCAGUUGCAGGCUCAGCACCUCUCGCACGGCCAUGGACCUCCAGUGCCUCUAACCCCACACCCGUCAGGACUUCAGCCUCCUGGAAUUCCUCCCCUUGGGAGCAGCGCUGGCCUUCUUGCCCUCUCAAGUGCUCUGGGUGGGCAGUCUCACUUGGCAAUAAAAGAUGACAAGAAGCACCACGAUGCAGACCACCACAGAGACAGAGAUGCGAGCACAAGUAAUUCACUCUUAGUCCCAGACAGCCUGCGGAGCACAGAUAAACGAAGAAAUGGACCUGACUAUUCCAACGACAUGAAAAAAAGAAAGGUGGAUGACAAGGACUCGAGCCACUAUGACAGUGAUGGGGACAAAAGUGAUGACAACUUAGUUGUGGAUGUGUCCAAUGAGGACCCUUCAUCACCACGAGCAAGUCCAGCUCAUUCACCACGUGAGAAUGGCAUAGACAAAAAUCGCCUCAUGAAGAAAGAUGCCUCUAGUAGCCCAGCAUCCACCGCCUCAUCCGGAAGUUCAACUUCCAUGAAAUCCAAAGAAAUAGGUUUGCAUGAAAAAGCCAGCACACCAGUUCUAAAGUCCAGCACACCAACUCCACGAAGUGAUGUGCCAACCCCAGGGACAAGCGCUACUCCAGGGCUUCGUCCAGGCCUUGGCAAACCUCCAACAAUGGACCCUCUGGUCAACCAAGCAGCUGCCGGCUUGAGAACUCCUCUGGCUGUACCUGGACCAUACCCUGGUCCAUUUGGAAUGGUACCACACGCCAUAAAUGGAGAGCUGACCAGCCCAGGGGCAGCCUAUGCCAGUCUACACAACAUGUCCCCCCAAAUGAGUGCUGCUGCAGCUGCAGCUGCUGUGGUUGCCUAUGGGCGAUCCCCUAUGGUUGGAUUUGAUCCUCCUCCUCAUAUGAGAGUACCCGGAAUCCCUCCAAAUCUAGCUGGAAUCCCUGGAGGAAAACCAGCAUACUCAUUUCACGUUACUGCAGAUGGUCAGAUGCAGCCAGUUCCUUUCCCUCCAGAUGCUCUCAUUGGACCAGGAAUACCUCGGCAUGCUCGCCAGAUCAAUACCUUGAACCAUGGGGAAGUGGUGUGUGCAGUCACCAUCAGCAACCCAACAAGGCAUGUGUACACUGGUGGGAAGGGAUGUGUCAAAGUCUGGGACAUCAGCCAGCCUGGCAACAAAAGUCCUGUUUCUCAGCUGGAUUGUCUGAACAGAGACAACUACAUUCGAUCUUGUAAAUUGCUCCCCGACGGAUGCACCCUGAUUGUUGGUGGGGAAGCCAGCACAUUAUCCAUUUGGGACCUGGCAGCUCCAACUCCGCGUAUAAAAGCAGAGCUGACUUCCUCCGCUCCCGCCUGCUAUGCUCUCGCAAUCAGCCCAGAUUCCAAGGUCUGCUUCUCCUGCUGUAGCGACGGGAACAUCGCAGUGUGGGAUCUGCACAAUCAAACAUUGGUCAGGCAAUUCCAGGGCCACACAGAUGGAGCCAGCUGUAUUGACAUUUCUAAUGAUGGUACCAAGCUCUGGACGGGAGGUCUGGACAACACUGUAAGAUCCUGGGACUUGAGAGAAGGGAGGCAGCUACAGCAGCAUGACUUCACAUCCCAGAUCUUUUCCCUUGGCUAUUGUCCCACUGGUGAAUGGCUGGCUGUGGGAAUGGAAAGCAGUAACGUGGAAGUGCUACAUGUAAAUAAACCAGACAAAUAUCAGCUUCAUCUUCAUGAGAGCUGUGUGCUAUCACUCAAGUUUGCUUACUGUGGCAAAUGGUUUGUAAGUACUGGAAAAGACAAUCUCCUAAAUGCCUGGAGGACACCAUAUGGUGCAAGCAUAUUCCAGUCCAAAGAGUCAUCUUCUGUACUUAGCUGUGAUAUCUCCGUGGACGAUAAAUACAUAGUUACUGGAUCUGGAGACAAGAAAGCUACUGUCUAUGAAGUUAUCUACUGAGAAAUUGUAUUGGAGACGUGAAGAGUUGAACUGGGCCAAAACAUUCUUAAUGUGUAGACAUAGAAAGACUACCUUUUUAAAAUAAAACAAAAAAAAGAAGAACUUGGUUUUCACAUCUUCACACAAUGCUAUUCAACAUGUAUUAAACAGAAGGUAACUUUUUGACAUCCACCUACUGGAUGAAUGUGAAGCAAAAAGGCAAGAUGGAUUAAUGUAGCAUAGUUUUGAUGGAUUUUAAAAGCAGACUCUGCUGAAGAUUGUUGCAGCCUUUGGGUUUUUUCUUCCUUUAUGACCUCAUAAAAAUCAUGCUCAUUGCUUGAAUAUGUGGGAUUAUGUUUCAGCACUUGCAAUUCCACCUGCAUUCUGUCUUGUGUAGAGCAGUGGUAUCUUGGAUAAACUUGUUUCCUGGUUUUGCCUCUUGGGAUAUGGGUUUUUGUAUUUUUUGUUGAAGAUCAAACAUUUGUAUAAAUUGUAAAUAUAUUUGGUUUAUUACAGUAAAGGCUUUAGUAUCAAUAAACAGUCUCUUUUUU